CACUCUGCGGCUGCUGGUCGCUGUCAUCAUGCAGGUGGAAUCUGCGCAAUGUGGCUCAGUUUAGGGAUCUCCAUCAGGACACACUAGCCUCCACCGGCCCACAGACACACCGGACACCGGAGAUCACACAGGGGAGGAAGCAAUCACCAACCCACGGGAAAUAAACUAAUAAAUUAGAAGAAUUUUUUGUCUUGGCUUCACUAAUUUGACACCAGAUGAAAAUACAAAAUUCCUCUAAGCAUGCUGCUGGAAUAACCACACGCUGUCCUGUUGAUGCUGUCAGAUUGUUUUGCUCUCCUGGUGCAGUCUAACUCAGCUGGAGUCGCAUAUGAUGCCACACAAUCCUAUAGGAAGUGACUCUCGCAGCUUGACAGACAAACAGUUCCCAAGAAACGAAAAGGACGCAAUCUUUGUCCUGCGGUUCUUUUCGGCUUGACCGAACACGGACACGAUGGAUGAAGGCACUGCCAGCGAUACCAUCCCAGAUCUGAAAGACAUAGAGGUGAAAAUCGGCCGGAAGACCCCCGAGGGUUUGCUCAGGUGGAUGCGGGAAGAUGCGUCCUCUCUCCGGGGAGACGCCAAGCUGAGCGCCGCGAACGACACCAGUAAGGAGACGGGGAGAAAGAGUUUGGAUGAAAAGAUCAGGAAAUUGAAGAUGGAGAUGGCUCACUUGCGCUCAGUGGAUGUGAAGAUCUUGCAGCAGUUGCUGGCUGUCCAUGAAGGCAUCGAGGCAGUAAAGUGGUUGCUGGAAGAGCGCAGCACCCUGACAAGCCACUGCAGCAGCCUAACCAGCAGCCAGUACAGCCUGGGUGAGGGACCCGACACCUCUUGGAGAGGCUCCUGGAGCAGCCUGCAGGACCCCAAUGACAAGCUAGACAACAUCUCAAUCGGCAGCUACCUGGACACCCUGGCAGAUGACAUGGACGAGUACUGCCCCUCCAGCUCGGAGUCAGUCAUCUGCUCCAUCACACCGCUGGUCUCAGAGGCUACAGCUGGGGGCCGGACAGGGGGAGGCACCGGGGCUACGGUCACGGCAGCUGGGACAGGAGCUGGGGUAGGGGUGAGGUCUGGUAAUGGGGCUGGAAGUGGUAUUCGGUCUGGGGCAAAUGAAAAUGGAACUGGGGUUGGAAAUGGGAUGGAGGUGAAAGGUGGACAUGGGACUGGGGUCACCAGUGCUGUCACUGGGACUGGGAGUGCUGGGACUGGAACUGGGAAACCAGCUGUCAGCUCUUCUCAAGCCAAGUCUGAUUGCCCCAAGCAAGAUGUCUGGACCUCAGCUGCAGAGAUGGGUAAAGGAAGCCCUGUUUCUAAGGGCAACACCCAGACACAAGCUGUUAAGGUUAAUGGCGUCCUGGAGAAACCAACCAUGCAAACAGGCAGCCCGACUCGCCCCAGCCUCAACGAGAAACUGGGAACCAGCCAGAGCCCCAAACUUAAACCCUACAAAAAUGGAAAGAUCGACUUGGAUACUUGCAAAAUGAGUGGCAAAAUGCAUCUGGAGUACGACGCGCACUGGCGGUGGGUGCAGUCGCAAGAAGAUGUGACGUUUUUGUAAGAAGGAUAAUAACAUAGGGGACUAAAGCCACUAUUGAACACUCCCUCUGUAACAUCAAAGACCAGAUCACUGAAGGACAGAAGAAGAGCGAACUGCUGUAGUGAAAUGCACAUAGUGAAGCUUUCCUUGUUGAACGACACUGGGUUUGAAAGACAAACAGUAACUGUUUUUGUCCUGUUGUUCCCCCCUGUGACUGCACUAACUUUCUAUAAAACAUUGAUGUCAGUAUUAAGGUGGAUGCACAUUACAGGAUUUUGACCACAUUUAGCCAAACUGGGCUGCCUCAAACAAACUUAGGAAAAUCAUUUUUAAAAUCCUGUGUCAUAGUUUUUCUCAGGGUCUUUCUUGGCAUUCCCUGAUUUUUUUCUCUUUUCUUUUGUUUUCUUUUCUAAAGCACAGUGAGACGAUCUGUCGGAGAGCUGAAACACGAUUUCAGAUUGCUUGACAUCGUUCAUCAACCAAUGUAAAUUAGAGGAUUUUAACUUACACUAAAUCCAUAAUUAAAACCCAAGGUCACAAUUAAGACCCCUUAAAGAAUAUCUGCUCUGGGAUCUUCUUAAUUACUUCAUUUGUCCUAUGCUAGGCACUCUACAAUCAUCCCCACCUUUAACUCCGCUAGUAACAGCACUGAUAGAGCCUAUUGUACUGCAUUUAGUAGAAAGACCAAAGUUUUCCCCUAUCAACCCACAUAUUAAAUUUAUUGUAUAACCCCUGUUGACUUAGACAACUGAAUGCUUAAUGGUUAGAGACAGUAUUAAACAUAAGUAUUAAACACCUUUUGAUAAAAUCUGUAAGUGUGUUUCUCCCCAAACUCGUAGCUUACCUGAACAAAAAGUAGAGGAUACGAAAAUAGAAGACAGAACACUGAGGUUAGUCAAAGUUUCCCUCGUUGAGAAAUAAUGUACCCACUUUUAGCAUUUGUGUCUUUGUGGAACUAAUACCCAACCAUUUGCAAUAUUGUAUAUUCACUGAAUCGCAAUACAGCUACUCUGUGCAUCAGGUACUAGUCGUGACUGGUUGUAGGCAAAUACUGAAUAUGGCUCAAAUUUUCUCCCUUUUUUUAACCAAUGUGGUAACAUGUGUUAGUUUUUAUAAGCAGAUGUUGUGCCUGAUUGGUGUAAACCUUAACUACAUAUGCCUGUACUUUCCCUCCUGAUACGACUGCACUGUUGUUAUGAUAAUCUGAGUUUUUUGACUGAUUUUAUUUGUAUUAUUGUUGUCUCUCUGCCUGGCCUCUGCUUGCGUGUACAAAUGGCUAGACCAACAAUCUGUGUGCUCUCGCCAUGUGAGUGUUGACUGGUAAAUGUGUUAUGUUGGCUGGGUGGAUCAUUGUGCAUGCCCUGUGCUGCAAGCUUUAUUGGUUAAAUUGUGAGAAAUGCGUGGAAGACCAAACACAAUCAGAGAAGAAAAGCAAUAUCUCUUGAAGCCUUUCUACUGGCUUACAUAAGCAGCCUCUUUCAGCAAAUGAAAUCUAAUAUUAUUGUCUGUUCUUCAGGAGUUUCCAAGACUACUGACAGGGAGAGGAUGAGUGUGUGUGUGUAUGUUUGUGUGUGUGUGUGUGUGUGUGUGUGUGUGUGUGUGUGUGUGUGUGUGUGUGUGUGUGUGUGUGUGUGAGAGAGAGAGAGAGAGAGAGAGAGAGAGAGAGAGAGAGACAGAUGCCGACUGGCUGCCUGAGCACAGCUGGCCUGUCAAGGUUUGGAUAAGAAUAGAUGAGUCCCAAAGGUUUUCAAGAGUUUUCAGCUCAUUCAUCACAGCGGUACUCCACCUCCUACCAGUCUGCAGUUAGUCAUGUUGAUGCUGCAGGGAUAGUGCAACACAUUUUACAUAAUCAGUACAAAAGUAUUCAUCCUACAGUAUACUUUGUGACAAAAAGAAAGCUCCUCAUAAAAUGUUUGGCUUACCCUCUGUCCUCCCUUAUAUGACCUUCUGAAAAAACCGACAUUUGACUCAAUGUUAAGUAACACUGUGCCCUUCUGUACCCCUGUCAAAUCACUGCAGGGCUCAAAUUCUAAAAACGUCCUUUUAAAAAUGGGUAUGUUUGAAACUUUUCAAAACUAGUGCAUUUGAGUUUUGAUAGCGCUACCAAUACUAUUGACAUUUUCAGUAUUUGUUAUGCUCACAUUUCAGCCAGCAUUAAAAAAGUAUAAGGUUCAAUACCCAGCUGUUUCUCUUAGCCUCCUAAAAGUGCGGGGCCUAGUUUUUCAUACGUUUUAUGCACUGUAAGGGCACAGUCACACGCUCGCAAAUUCACCUCUUUACUUCACUUGGAGUUUAGUGAACCAAUAUCAACCAAUAUCAAAGAAGGACCGUAUGUGUUUGCCUUGGCCAUAACAAAGAUAAUUUUUUCCAAGUGUAUUAGAAACCACCCAACUGACAGUGUGCUAAGCCCCAACCUCCUUGUUGCUACACCUGUUGUUGUUUUCGCAUGGCACAUAUGCAGUUAAUAACGGUAACAUAGCCGAUUUACAACUUUUUUUAAACAAUGGGUCCUUGUUUUCAUGAAGAGGUAGACAGAACCUUCUCAUUUCAAGCCAGCAACCGCUGACUUUGCCAUCUAAAAUGACAGUGUAAGCCGUACUGUAGCUAGCGAUAAUCGAGCUAACCUUACCUUCAUGAGUUGGUUAAAAACAUGUUUAAAAGAAGAAUAUUGUAAAAUGGGCUUUCAGCAUCAUGAGAGAAAAGGCUUUGAGGAUUAAUCGAUGGUUUGGCAAACAUAAUCUGCUAUCAGGUCACAUUAGCUAGAGUUGCUGGAGUGUAAACUUCUCCAAAUCCCAUAAAGUGAUUGAGUUUGGAAUGGUUUAAACACACUGUUUAAUCCACCUCUACACAUAUUACUCUCACUACAGCCCUGUUUACACCGCUUAAACACAUGGAGAAAUCCUUAGCUUGACAGACUUGUCGUUCAGGAGAUAGUUUCAGCAAACUGUCAAUCAAUGGACCGUGGCUCUUUCACUCUAUGUAAAGAGUUACUGUUAACUGCUUGUUUUAAUAUAUAAUGCAACUAGUUGUUAUGCCAUUAACUUGAGGUCAGCCAGUCCAGUCAAUCAGUUCACUUUCUGCUAGGUCUCCCUGUAAAUAAAUCCUUUAUAGGCAGCACUGAGAUGUUAAACUCAGCAUCUCCAUUUGUUUGAGCCACUGAAGUGUUUCCUCUCUCCUACUCCUGCCUUUCUUUUCAUCCUACUUUCCACCACCACACUGGUUCGAUGGAAAUAUUCAGUCUGUGCCAACACACACAUCAUGCACACACAAUGCCCUCUCGCCUGAGACAGCACCAUAAAGCCAGCACCACAGAAACAGCGACUGUAGGCCAGUCCUGGAGACAGGAAAGGAAAACUGUGCUCAGACUGGACCUUGAACUCUUGGACGAGUUGGAACAUAAAAAAUCUGUCCCCCUGUUUUUCUUUCCCUCUAAAUCUCUUUUAAUACAAAAAAAGAGCAUCCAUCCAUCACUGGAUAAGUAUUUCAACCAUGGUAUAUUAUCCAGCCACAGUAUAGACAUGAAGUCAUUUAAAACCUCCUUCCCUUUUUAACAUAUGUGUUGGCUGUAAAGCAAUACAGCAUGCCAAAGAGACAGCCUGCUCUACUAGUUUGUGGUUUUCUUUCCAAAUUACCGAGCCAUAUGGGGGAAAAAAAUACAUUUUAGUGCAGGGAACAAACCUGUAAAACACAUUACAUCAAGCUAUAGUGUGUCUCUCUGAAGCUAUACUGUAGCCCAAGAUGUUGUAAUGUGUUUUCACUGGGAACAUCCAGUUUAAAUUUGGAAUAUGAACAUUGUUUUAAACCGCUCACUGGCAGAGAUUUAAUGGAUGUAGGUGCCAGGAGAAAUGGCUUGUGGCCUCAUUGUUUUUGAAAGAGGGAUAAUAACUGCUGUGUGCAUGGAUAAGAAUGGAAGUGUGACUAACUGGCAAGCUUGUGGAAAAUACCUUUCAGUCAAAGCUGAAAGCUUCUCCUCACUUUCCAGAAUUUUCAGAGGGUAUGGAUUCAAAAACAACCUGGCAGACUUGCUCCCUAAAAUCCUUCUGUUCUAUCCUUUUAUGAUGUCCAGGAUUUAUCAGAUGCCCAAUGCGUGAUGUGUUUGCCUUGUCUUCAGGUGCCAGGCACCCUCCAGCUAUUCUGGGCACAAGACAAACAGCAUGAUUACAUAGAUGAGUGGAUAUCCACACGGUUGCCAUGACAAUGAGGCUUCAGCUCUAGUGGCUACAUAAAACAAUGUUUACUGCAGUGCCAGUUGCAAUAUAGCAGUACUGUUUGAAUGAUGGCAGGUGAGAUGAAGGAGAUGAUAAGAUGACUUGUAAUGAGUCAGAAUACCAAUCAUUACAAUGAUGUUUAAUACCUUUAUAGGUCAUUUGUGAUGAAUCCUGUUUACAUUUUCUUCCUAAUAAGGUUGAUUAAAUUUCAAAUGUAAUGAUGGUUUAUAGAUCACGAAUAAUAAAGAAAAGGUGCAGCAGACAACUUAUUAACAUUUUUAACUGCAGACUAUUUUAUUGUUUUAAUAUUAUUUUUCAGCUUUAUUUGAUGGUACAGCUUAGUCAGUGAGCUACCGGGGCACUUAAACCCUUUUUAUUAAUGACUUAUUAACAUUUACAACUGUAGACUUGAUGGGUUUUUUAGACCAUCACCAAAUACAAUGGAUAACCACCAACCAAUUCAAGCACUGGUAAAUUAUUUAUUAAUCAUUAUAAGGCCACUACUUAUAAGUUAUACAUAAAUCAUUAAGGAUGACUGAGGAAACUUUGAAAAGAUUUCUUCCAAAAUCUAUUUAAUUUCAGUGAUGCUUUCCUGGUUAAAUAAAUAACUCAGACACAUAAAUAAAUACAUAAGUCCACAGUUAAAUAAGACGUGUAAAACAAAUGUAUACCUUUCUUGUCCAGGUGCUGUAGAAAUCUGUACUCCAGAUGCCAAGUUCAAUGACUUGCAAUACUGCUUUUAAGCUUUUCUGUCUUUUUACAUUGGGAAUUUGGAUUCUUCUGUUCCUUUCUAGUGUAAUAAAAUAUCAAAUUAAAGGGAGUGAUUAACAACAUUAAAAUGUUGAGAGGCAGAAAUCAUCAUAAGCUACCCAAGGUAUCGAUUUUGUGUCCUUCUUUUCUCAUUCCCCACUGCUCUGUUCUGCAUUAGUACACAGCUCAGGCACUCUCUCUCUAUGAGCUACCUGAAAUGCUGUCAGGAGGUCUUGCCUGUAAGUUUUUGGACAUUUUUGAGAAGCUAAAAGAAGACUGGUUGUGUCUCCCUAGAGGCAGAAUAGAGGGAUAAACCACGAGCUGAGAAGUGUAACACACAGCAUGCAGCUAAGGGGAAGCUUCCACUCCCAGUGUCCUGCUGUUUUCUUCCUUCUUCUUUUACAUACACAAAUACACACAUACACACAAGCACAAUGUAUCCCAGGACUGACGUGGGUCUCUAGGUACCUGACAGCUCCUCAGAGAGAACCAUUAAGCAUUUCCUUUCCUUGACUCUUAUUUAUACUUUAUCCGUGUGUGUGUGUGUGUGUGUGUGUGUGUGUGUGUGUGUGUUUUGUUCACAUCCCCACACAACUGCUUAAAGAAAUGAAAGUGAAUUGAAAUAAACCCUGCUGAGGGCACACUGGGCUCUGAAACGGGUCCAAAACUUAACUUGGGCAACACAAAGCUUAGAGGAUUGAAAGAUAAAAGCCACAAAGACCAACUGCAGUUCACUGGAUCAGUCGAAUCAAUAUCUUGCUUGAGUGAGUGGAAUUGUUUUUAUUUCCAUGGUACGAUGCAUUUUUAUUAUUUUGUUAUGCAAUGUGUCCAGAGAAAAUUUGUAUUUUUUUCUUUGUAAAGUGGAAAUGUUCAAAAAUAACUGAUUAUGUUCAUUAAUGUAGAGAACUAUAUUAUGCAGUAUGUAAAUUAUAUGAGCUUAUCCAAUGAUUAAAGAUAUUUUAAAUGUU